AUAGGAAUAGAUAGUCGCAUCAACCCAGAUAAAUCGCAUCAACCCAGUUCGAGCUCGAUCUCAGCAUUUGAAGGUUUGUAAGUUAUGUUUCUUCAGCUGAGUUUCAAGGUUCGUUGGACACGAGCGAUCCCAUAAGAUAAAAAAAAAAAAAAAAAAAAUUAAGAAAAAGAAAAAAGAAAAAGAUUAUUAGGGUUUUAGUUCCCCAAAUUUUCGAGACUUCGUCAACGGCUAUCUUCUAGCAAAAGUGUUCGGUGUCUCUGAGCUUCUAAUUCCGACAAGGUUUUGGCCAAUUCGCGAAACGAAAGGGCUGAUGUGAUGUCUUGGGCGGAAUCUCGGCGGUUUGGUGUUACUUGAGAUAUUUUUCUUGGGGGUGGGUGGGUUCUACUAACAUACUGAGAUUUAGAUGAAGUUUCGGGAUGAGUUUGGGGUUUUUUGGGUGCGGAUGUGGAAAUUGUACAAGCGGGUUUGAUAGUAGUAAGAAAUUUGGGAUUUCUUGUUGAGUGGAAAAGGGAAAGUUAGGGUUUUUUUUUUUUUUUUUGGUUUUUUUGGGAGAGGAUUUUCUGAAUCUGUAUUAAUUCACGGCUUUACUGCGGGGAUAGAAAGAUGUUUUACUCGCAGUUUAUAUUGGCAAAGAAGGGGCCGCUCGGGACCAUAUGGAUUGCGGCACAUUUGGAGCGGAAGCUGCGCAAGAAUCAGGUUGCCGAUACCGAUAUCGGUGUCUCUGUUGAUUCAAUUCUUUUUCCUGAAGUACCAAUUGCACUUCGGUUAUCUAGCCAUCUUCUGCUUGGUGUGGUGAGGAUAUAUUCAAGAAAGGUGAAUUACCUUUUCGACGAUUGCAGUGAGGCUUUGCUCAAGAUAAAGCAAGCCUUUCGUUCAACUGCUGUUGAUUUACCACCUGAAGAAUCUACUGCACCAUAUCACUCCAUAACGUUGCCUGAGACUUUUGAUCUUGAUGAUUUUGAGCUACCAGAUAGUGACAUGUUUCAGGGUAAUUUUGUUGAUCAUCAUGUCAGUACAAGGGAGCAGAUUACGCUUCAGGAUACGAUGGAGAGUGUGGUUUACUCCACAACCCAGUUUGGACUUGAUGAGCGAUUUGGUGAUGGUGAAACAUCUGGGUUGGACCUUGAUGAGGAAUUGUUUUCGAACAAGGUUAUCGCUACUGGACAUGCUGGAGUUAUGCUGGAUUCAGGUGCUGAGCCUGCAUCUGUUCAACCAAUGGUACAUCUUGAGCAAGACAAAACUGACGAAGGAAUUAAUGGAAACUCAGAGGUGUUGCUGACUACUGGCAGAGUAAAUCAGCUUGAAGGUCUUGCUGGGAAUACUGAUUUCAUUGAGUAUGCUCAGGCCCCAUGUACUCCUGGAUUGAUGGAAGAGCCAAAUUUGUCUAAAGUUCAAGAGGCUUCAGCAUGUGAUGAUCACCUGGAAUUAGGGGAAGAGUCAAAUUUGUCCAAUAUUCAGGAGGCUUCAGCAAGUGAUGAUCAUCUGGAAUCUGAAGAUCAUAAUUUAAUAAAAUUUGCGGCUAAAGAGAACCUGACAAACAUGUCCAGCAAAUCAGAUCUUCAUUGUGGUAAUGAAAAUGCAGUGAGUUUGUCUUUGCCGAAUGAUAUGAACCCUGUAACUGUUUUGGGUGACCAGGAGAUUAACCAACUAAAGUCAUGGGAAGAUUCGCCAUCUAGUGCGGGGAAUCUCCUUUCAGCUGAACCAGUUGAAGCCAUUACUCCAGUAUCAGAAUUUCCAGAUGAAAACUUCACUGCAUUUGAUAAGGAAAAUGAGGUGGAAGAUUUGCAGAAAGAAGUUGUCAGCAAUAAUGUGCCCAUUACUCAAACUAUUGAUGUGGCCAAUGCAGAUGGUAUAGAACCCCAAGGAAUUAGGUUGGGCGGAACUGUGUCAAGUCCUAAUUUUUCUGACAAAGCGCCUGUUUUGGAGGAUCCUUUUGGCAACUCCUGUACUGCUAUUAAAAAUAUUUCUGAGAAGUCAAGCUUAUCUAGCACCUGCCAGACGGCCUCAGAAUGUAUUUUACAGAUCAAUCAAGCAUCGCUUAUGCCAGAACUAUCAAAUAGUGUGGAGAAUGCAGGAAAUAUGGAAAAAUCAUGUCCCUCUAUCAAUGCAGUGGCAUCACAUACUGAAGCCCCCAGUAGAGAAGAUCUCGAGAACCCUGAAACUCAGGCUUUACUGGAUCCAAAGGAUUCCAAUAUUUUGAACCAUGUUGUUUGUGAAAAAAUGGCAGCUGGUGACAUGCAUAUUCUUCAGCCAUGCAAGCAGCUGAACCAACCAAGUAUGUUAAAUGCUGGAGGUGACGUGUCAGGUUCUCCUCAUUUGCCAUCUGGAGUUACUGAGCUAUGCUCAUUGGAGAUAUCUGGAAGAAAGGUGGCAACCCAUGCUACUGAGGUGCAAGGUGAAGGGUUUCAUGCUGACUUUAUGAAACCAGUCUUGGAGGAAAACCACACAACAGAUCCUGCUUCCUGUGAAGAUAUUCAGGCGGACUUCAGCAAAGUGGAUGAUCAAGUGCACAGCAUUAAUUCGAGAGAUACUGAAUUAGAAAAAUUAGACGACUCUGCGAAUUCUGAAUUGCCUGUACCAGAAAAGUUGCUUUCUGUACCAGAAGGGCUUGCUGAUCUACAGGAUAAUUUGUUGAUGGAGUCCACACCAGACAAAACACACUUAGCAACUGGUGACGGAAGUGAUGCUGGGAUCAACAACAUUGCGGGAAAAAAACGCAGUUUCACUGAAAGUACAAUGACUCUGCAGAGUUUAAAUUCAGUUGAAUCAUUGGGCAUGGCCCAUUCCAAAAGAACAAAGGAGUCUGUUCCUGAUGACAAUGAUUUGUUGUCUUCCAUUUUAGUUGGUAGAAGAUCUUCAGUUUUGAAAAUGAAGCCCACACCUCCACCUGCAAUGACAUGUAUGAAACGCCCUCGGAUUACACCCCGGGUUUAUGCUUCAAAGAGGAAGCUUCUUAUGGACGAUACCAUGGUUUUGCAUGGCGAUGUAAUACGACAGCAGUUGACUAGUACUGAGGACAUACGUCGCAUACGGAAGAAGGCUCCUUGCACUCACCCUGAAAUUUGGAUGAUUCAGAAAGGGUUCUUGGAAGAUGAAAUUUUUAGUGAACCCAUAUUUACAGGUUUAUCAACAGAAUUGGCUUUAUUGAAUAGUCAAACAUAUGACCUGAGUGAAAUCAGGGUGACCCAAAAUGAUGUGCAUGAUGCUUUUCUGGAAACUGCAGCAGAUCUAAUUUUGGUUUCAAAAAAGGUUGAAAAUAAUCCUACUGAAGCAGCAAAUGAUAUGGAGUUCUCCAUGGAGCCGGAUGUGAACCAAAAAACUGGGAAGGGAGGGAUCAAUGAGUCUAUGGUAGUCAGAAAUAAUGGGGAAGCAGAAUCUUCUGAAAACCAGCUUGUUGAAGAGCAUGUCUUGCAGUCCCAGGGUCAUGACACACAAGUGCAGAUGGAGGCUAUAUAUGAUGUGUUGGAAGCUCCGAGUUUAAUAAGCAAACAUUCUAAGGAGAUAGGUGAAAUAGAAAUCGAUGGAGCAAGCGUCUGUGUUGCUGAUGUAUUACAUCUUGCCACUAGUCUUGGGGUUGAGUCAGCUUCCUCAACCCACCAGUGUCCUGUUUUAGGUGAUGAAAAUAAUAUUUCAGCUGGCUUUAUGGUCCCGUCAGCUUCGUUGGAUAAAGAAAGUGGUGGUAAUGAUUCUCUGCAAAUGGAUGCGUCAGGUGUGUCAACAGAUCAGAAAUUGGAUAUUCAGUCUGUUGAGAUGGAUGUUUCUAUAGUUUAUUUAAGCAGCGGCAAGGGAAUUGAUGCUAUCAAAGCAGCAGAGGAAAAUGAUGACAGAGCUGCUGUAGGCGGAACUGAAUCUAGAGCAGGGGAUGAGUGUUUGUUCGAAGAAACUGAAGCUGAUAUGCAGAUUCCUUGUUUUGCACAUACCGAGAAUGAAAAUCCUUCUCUUGUAAUUUCUCCUGAGAAUGAUAGGUUCAGUAACCAGGUUGUUGUAACUAUUGACCAAGCCAUGGAGGAAAUCAGGGAACACAAUCAAGGGGUUGUAAAUGAGGAUGUGGUACUUGCUGAAGAAUUGGACUACCAUGGCAAGGACUUGAUGUCUUAUGGAUCCAGUGAAGAACCUAAAUUAGCUUCUUCAUAUUCACCCUUAAAUAAUGUUGAAUAUCCAGGUUGGCAGGAAGCUGUUCCACAGUGCACAAUAGAUGCUGAUAUUGCUACCAUUAGCCAUACUGGCACUGAAGAUUGUGAUGAUUUUGAUUACACAAUAGAUGGGCACGAUACAGGAUUUUUGAAUGUGGAUGAUGAUGAUGCUGCCGAAGAAGAUGAUCAUGAUGUCCCAAGUGCUGAGCAAACUAGCUUCCUUGAGAAUAGUGGAUGGUCUUCCCGCACCAGAGCGGUUGCCAAGUACCUUCAAGUAUUGUUUGACAAGGAAGCAGAGCAUGGCAGGAAGGUUCUUUCCAUGGACAACCUGUUAGUUGGUAAAACUCGUAAGGAGGCAUCAAGGAUGUUUUUUGAAGCACUGGUUCUCAAAACAAGGGACUACAUUCAUGUAGAGCAGGGGGCUUCCUUUGAUGACAUCAAUAUAAAGCCUCGAGUAAAGCUCAUGAAAUCAGACUUCUGAUCCCUAACUUAGGAAAGACAAAAUACACAGUUGCAUAGAAACAUAUGUGUACUACUUCUAUUCUAGUUAGCAGAAAACCAGCUCAGCUCAGCUUGGGGGGUUAUUCUUCCUUCUAUCCUCCAUUCUUUUCUAAGUUAUGUUUUUUAUGUUAUAGUUCAUGUAAUUUGUAGUCUUUCUUAGCACAUGUAUUAUUAUAGUGAAUGUAGAAACUGCUGUAAUUUGGAUUAUAUUUUAUGCAUAUAUAACCUGCCAUUUGCUAAAAUUAUUUGUUUCAAUAUUUGAAUAAAGUGCUGUACUAUGUAUAUUUUGUUCUGUUGUAA